UUUUUCGACCAAUCACAGAACAAACCUUUUUAUCGGUUUUGACAACUCUCUCUUAUUAUUUCAUUCAUUCCUUUCGUUCAUACGCUAUCCCUAUAUUCUACAUCUACCGUUAUAAUUUGUUUAUAUAUUUUUUUAUCCGCUAUGUACGGUAUAAAAAGAGACUGCUAUUAGCAUAGACUUUUAACGCUUUCUCUCGCUCACAUUUUACACAUGUUAUUGUAUGAAUGAUGUACGAAUAGUACAGUUUGUUUUGUACUACUCGCGCGUACAACGGUGUUUACGUAGAAGAAGUUGAGUGUUUGCUGGGAACAAAAUAAUUGAGCGCUAAAUAGUGAUUUCCAUUCCAUAUUUUAAAAUUCCGAUGCAUGAAUGUGUCUUUUUAAAUCGAGUGCCUUGAAACAAUAAUUUACACUUGUGCAUCGAUUUCCCAAGAAUGUAUGUAUGCUUUGAUGGUUUACCACUUGGAAGCACAACGGCCUGAUCAAUUGUAUUAUCGGAACUAAGAUACCGCUGUAUGUCUGUUCGUCACACACGGUAUUGUACAUAGACAUUCGCCAAUGUAGAAAUGAGUCACUAAUCAGCGAGACACGGAUAAGGUCGGUUGUGUGUUUGCAGGUGCAUGGGUUCCCUGUUUUUUCGUGGAAUUUUACGAGAAAACGGUGUUGUUGUGAAAUAAUGCUCCAAAGUGAAAGUUUAGUAAGAGUAGAACAAUAUAAAUAUCGAUAGUUUGCCUAUAAGUCAAGUGACGGUGUUUAAUAUCUAAUCAAAUAUCAAAUCAAGUGUAUCGGCAAAAAUUUGUAUAUACUAUAUAUUUCAACGAAUAUGGCAUCGUAUUUAAACAAUCAGCAGCAAGUGCAAAUCCCAAUGGGCGGUCAGCAUGAAAUUAUUCCUCUUCAACGGAUGACAACCAGGGAAGAAGCGACGGAAAGACAACGAAUUCGCGAUAUUUUUGAUAGAUACGACAAGGCUGGAACAGGACUAUUAUCUAUUCAAGAACUCAAACGCAUGAUAAAUCAUCGGAGAUGUCCGGAUUUGCCAAAAGGAUUCGUUAAAAAAUUGCUUAAACAGGCAGAUCAGAACAACGAUGGACAUUUGGAUUUCGAGGAAUUCUACCAAAUGUCUCGAGAACAUCAUUAUCUCUUUCGAGAUAUGUGCGUCCGAUACUGCCGACUAGUGGUACCUAGUAGGAAUCCGGCAACAGAUGAUGAAACCGGGUCUGCAACGGCAUACCAACGACAAAUUUCCACUGCGACCGUUAUUUCCGAACGAGAUGGCGAAUAUGAACGUAGCAUGACUUUUUGUCCACCACCAUUGACAAUGUUAAUAUUUUCAAUCGUCGAAAUCAUCUUCUUCGCUAUCGAUAUUGUAAAGACUAAUAAUCAACUAGGAACCAGUACCAAUGGCCCAAUGGCAACACUAUUUAUAUACAACCCCCAGCUACGGGAGCAGGCAUGGCGGUUUGUGACUUAUAUGUUCGUACAUAUCGGUUUUAUGCACAUCGUGAUGAACCUUUUAGUACAAAUAUUUCUUGGGGUGGCACUCGAACUUGUGCACUGCUGGUGGCGGGUGGCGUUAGUAUAUCUAGCCGGUGUUCUAGCUGGAUCCAUGGGAACGUCUAUAUUUUCACCAAGAGUUUUCUUAGCAGGAGCAUCAGGGGGAGUUUAUGCAUUAAUCACUGCCCACAUCGCGACUAUCAUAAUGAACUGGAGCCAAAUGGAGUAUGCAAUCGUACAAUUGUUCGUUUUUCUCGUCUUCUGUGUUACGGAUUUGACAGUAUCGAUUUACAAUAGCUUUAAUGAUCCUUUCGAUAAGGUCGGUUAUAUUGCUCAUGCCAGUGGUGCUUUAGCUGGAUUUCUGGUAGGAAUUGGAGUACUCCGUAAUCUCAGGGUCAAUCCGUGGGAGCGAAGAUUAUGGUGGUGUGCAGUAACCGUAUAUUUUCUCUUGAUGGGAGGUGGUAUUAUGUAUCAUAUAUUCAACCCAAACCAUUUUUAUCCAGUCUUUGCCUAAUUUAAACAAAAGUACAUAUCAUAUUAACUACUAUUUAAAGAAAGAUUCGUAUGAGCUAAACGAAAGAUUUCACUACGCGAAAUUCAAAGGUUUGUCGAAUCGCAUACAAUGUGCCUUUUAUGAGUGCCUGAAUGGCCAAAGCAAGAAUGACCGAAACAACAAACAGCAGAUUCAAUUCAACGGGCGAAUUACAAAAGGCCCUGGCCACACGUCGCCUGCGUAAUAUGUGUUUCAGCUAUUGUCCAGAUUAGGGGUUCCCAAACGUGCUCCUUUAAGUUAUCGUAAAUGCGCCGAUGGGAAUACUAAUCCCACAUUAACGUAAACCAAAAGUUGGUGUGAAGUAGGGAUGUUACGUAUAUCUGCAUCCGCAAAUGCGGAACAUCUGCAUGAAAAUUGACAUCCGCAUUCGCAUCCGCAUUAUAUCAUGCGGAUAUUGAAAAAAAAUAUCGCAAAUCAAAUUUUGUAGAAAAAUUUUCCUUGGUGUAUUUGCUGCCCGCUUCAAUAACUUAUGCAGUGAAGAGGGACAUGGUCAAGCGAAAUAAGCAAAAUAAAACACCAGGGAUGCUACGAAUAUCCGCAUCCGCAUCCGUAGAUGCGGAACAUCCGCAUGUAAAUUGACAUCAGCAUCCGUAAUCACAUAUCCGCAUCCGCAUCUGCAGAUGUCGGAAAAUCACAUCCGUAACAUCCCUGGUGUGAAGUAUAGAAAAGGAAAGUUUUUCUCAUUGAUUUAGAAAUGCUGGUGCGGAGCACAAGACCUGGGAACACUAUUGAAUUGAAAUUCGGCCAUUCGUGAUUCGGCCAUUUGUUUUUCGGUUAUUCGCCUCGAGCCUCCUGUAUGCUACUUAUGAUAUAUUGAACACAAACUCGAAGCACAAAGUUUUUUCGUACAAUAACUAAACUUAGCGUUUUGAGAAUGGCAUUUUUAUUGAUAAGUGAAGCUUAGCUUUCAAUAUUCCAUUUUACAAAACAUGGUUUUUGCAUUUGUCUAAGUAUUAGCUAGUAUUAAGCUUUAACUGUUAAUUCAAGACAUGUUUAAAGUUUAUUAUUAAAGAAAUUUUAAAUAGAAAUGAUGAUGAAAUAAUAUAUUUAAAUGAUUUUUCCGACAGUA